CCAGAGAAUUCAUACCUAGGCAAAUAAGCAUUUCUGAAACGUUUCUGUUGCUUAAAUCUCUCAGUACAAAGUUGUUUAACCUCAUUUUUAAUCUGUGACAUUAAACUACAUACUGACCUCAUUCUUCAAUCGCUCAUGAUAUUGUUUUACAAUGCAUAGGUUUUCUUAAAGAUCAGUUCAGCUAGUCCCAGAACAAUUUAUCCUUUUUUUCUUGUUUGCUUUUGUAGGAGAAAAAUAUCCAGAUAGAUUCAAAUUCUCACAAAGAAAUAAUCCUUGGGGAUGCAUAUUUUUUUUUUGUAGAGGAAUAUACAUAAAGACAAAUCAAGAUGCUUCUGGGUGAGCAAGAACAACUCUUGUCCUACAAUGGUGAAGUCCUUGUAUUUCAGCUGUCAAAACCAAAACAUGUGGAGGGAGCAGCUGAUAAAACAAUGAAUCUAUGUGUCAGAAGAAUGGCAUUCAACAGAGACACUAAGGUAUUUGUUCAGAAGUCCUCUGGAGCAUUCAGCAUGCAUGCUAGUCACUCAAAAAUUGAAAUGAUUUGUUGUAACUGCACAACAGAUUCCAGAACAGGGAUUAUUCUUCCCUGCAUUUUGAUGAAAAAGAAAAAACGGAAUAAUGUCAAAUACAUUUUACUGUUGCUUCACAGUUCAAAUCAAUUUGAGCAGUCCUUCCAUUUUAAAUUGGAUUAUGAGCUAAAAGAAGACAUCAGGUUGUUUGCUGGCCCGUCAGUGCUGUGGAGACACGCCAACAAGCUGUUCUACAUCUCUUCCAACACCUGCACGGUUCAAAGUGCUCCUCUUCAGCUUUCUUCAGUUGUAUGGACAGGUGAAAUUGUAGGUGAAGGCACUGUUGUCUUAGGGAUAAGAACUGCUUGCCUGCCAGAGAGUGAAGAUGCAGAUGAGUUUUCCAUUUCAGACAGAGCCAUCUGGGGUAGCGAAUUCUUUGGAUACGCAAUUCAAACACAGAAAAUGCUGACUGGCACGUGCUUCAUGCCCCAUGCUUACAGCAGAGUGGUAUCUUCUGUCUACGUCUGCAAGAGUGAGAGAUUGAAAAAGCAGCUCCGAAUAUCACUUGUUGCUAUAACCCACAAGAACCAGCUUAUUUGGUUCCAAAAUGGUCUCCCUAAAGGUGUUUGUGAGCUUCCUUUUGAGAAACCAUGUUCGGUAAAAACAGCUGUAACCAGUAGCAAUGAUUUGCUAUUUAUUGUGUCUUUUGCCUCUGGGAAUAGCUGUGUUGUACAGAGGAGAGACAGCUUACAGGUGGCUUCCAGAUGCCAGAAAGUGAAGUGUGUUCUGGUGGAUGAUUUUAUUGGCUCUGGAAGUGAGCAACUGUUACUCCUUUUUAAGGAUGACUCCAAUACAGACGUGUUAAAUACAUUCAAAAUAACAGACCUUGGAGGGGUUGACUUUGCAAGUGGUAUUAAUUAUAAACAUGAUGUUCCUGCCACGGAAGGAUUGCAAGAGAAUGGUUUGCUUACUAUCCAAGCUCUUGAAACAAGAUUGCAGGCAGGUUUCACCUCUGUUCGAGAGCUACAGCAGCAUUUAGAACUCCAAAAGAGGGUUAUUCUUGAAUCUUGCAGAGCACUGAUAGAUCUUGUUGAAGAAAGAACCCAUAUUCUACCAAAAGCAGAAGAGGAAGGUCUUGUCUCUCUCUGGGAUGAUGUAGAAAAUCCUCCUCAUUCUCUUAGUGAAGAGACACCACUGGCGUCUAAAAUCCCAGAGCACUUCACAGAGAAAUUGUGGCAGCGUGUUGUGGGUGACAGCUUUGUAGUUGGAGUAAAACUAACUGAAUCCUUUCACUGGUCACUGAAUGAUGUCAGCUUAUCUUUAGUGAUGGAUCAAGACUCCUCUUCAAUUUCUCCAAUUAUCAAGUGUCAAAGUAAAAUCAUUAAGCUGAACAAGGCCUUCUCAGCAUUGGCUGUCUCCUCAUGUCAAAUUGAGCCGCCUCCAAAAAAGAUUAAAUUUGACUUACGUAGCAAGGAUGAUCUGAAAAAAGAGUUUCCUAAGAGACCUUCAGGGGUUCAUCUGGAUGGAGCAAAGACAGUCAUUGCUGUUACCAGCCUUUCACCUUUACUGGCGUUUCAUCGUGUCUGCUGUGCAGUUCUUCUACACGCGAGGAGGCGAAAACACAGGAGUGACGGUUUACAGGAGAGCAAACAGGUCACUGUACUCUGUGGGAAACUUUUGUUAAGUAUGGAAGAUAUUUCAAAUGGAAGAUUUUCAGUAAAGAUGUUGAGGGAUAAUAGUUACUGUACAGGUGCCAUGGAAGAUAUACUUGCUGUACUUGCAACAGCUGUCAGAUUCUCCUUUCAGAUUAUGUCUUCUGACUGCACAUUGACUCCAGUAAAUUCAUGGUUGCUGGGAGAAAUGGAAUGCACACCGUUUAAGGAAUGCCAUGACAACAUAUUCUGUCAUAAAGCAGGAAAUGUGUAUGGUACAGUUUUUAACUGGAGCCUGAAAAAUCCAUUUGAAGGGGUUCUAACAAUAUUUUGCAGAAAUCUGACUGUCGUGUUCCAGUGCCUUCAUAGCCUUACUAGAGUUCUCCCGCCAAGCUGCCGUGUAAAACUCCUGAGAUCUGGAAGAAAAAGUGUACUUAAUGAACAGUUAGCACUGGCUUUGGAAAAAGAAAUGCUCACCUUGAAGAGUUCUUUCUUCUCAAAAGAAAGUAAAGCUGAAAACAGUUUGACAUGGGGGAAUGAGGCUGGCAAGAAAAUGGAUAAUGAUCCUCUGGCUUCUUUACUGGACACUGAGGAAGGAGUCCAGCAGUUCAGGAAGAAGCUUCAGAAUGAGCGGGAAGAGAGUGUGCUAAGUAUGAAUCAAACUAUGAAUGGUGCCCUCUACCAGAAAAUUGCUUUGAAAAUAGCAGAAGCUCAGCUCAGUUCAGAUAUGAUUGUGUGGAGACUGAGCAAAUCCUAGAAAUGAGUGACUAAAUUUAUUUUUAAAAAUUUUUAUUAAAAUUAUACUACUAAAUAAUAUUUAUACUUUCAUGGGUCCUUAUAUUGCUUUGUAUUCUAAAACUCUGUUAUUUCUACAGAUAAAUACUGGUAUUUUGAUUGAUGACUUGUAGCUGCUUUGGCAAGAACUUAAUAUUAAAGAUUGAUGAGUCAUUAUUUUGUUACAGAUUUUGAAAAUAUAUUUUAAGGUAUUUUUUAAUAAGUCCUCCUCUAAAAUCAUAAUUCUUGAACUAUAAAUGAACUAUGUUAUAUACAAAAAGUAAUAAGCAUGUGCUCUUUAAAAUAGUUUUGUUAAACCUGAAAGAUAACUGUUUACACAGGUAAAAUUUAAGCAUUUUUUAGAAAUCUUAAGACAAGUAUAGAAAAGAUCUAAGCUAUGCAACCUAUUUUAAUUCAUAGUUUGAGAAUGGAGUUUGACAUUCUAAUUCAAAGAAGAGGCAGUUUAUCUUCAUGAUAUAUCAAACCUUUUAAAUAGUUUCUAGUGAUACCACCUGAGGAAGAAGACUGAUUGUACCUUUCAGCCCUAUCUUCUAGAGCCCACCCUUAGA